AUGUUACUAGAUAUGAUAAUCGAUUAUGAAAUUUCGGAAAUGUUUAUUAUAGCUGAAGAUAUUACUAUUGAAUUAAUUUCAUUUGGUCAUUCAUUUGGUGUUUCACAAAAUAUUGCUUUAUUGUAUUCAAUGCGUCAUUUUCCAACAACUAAUGUUGAAAACUAUCAACAAUACGAUGGACGACAUAAACGAAUACAAAAUGAAUUAUUAAAUUUAGUGGAAUAUGAAGAUAUAAUUAAAAUGAUUACGGAACAACUAUCAAUUUUUAUUCAUAAUCAAAAGAAAAAUUCAAUAAAACUAGCAGCUGGAUGUGAACAAGGUCAACAUCGAUCAGUAGCUGUUAUUGAACGACUGGUUGAAUUGUUAAAAGUAACUUAUAAUGUGGAAGUAAAUCAUCGAGAUUUACAAAGAACAAGAUAUGACAAAAAGAAACAAAAAGAAAGAACGCAAAAUAGAGACGAAAAAUAUACUAAUUAUGAUGAAAAUAAUUAAAUGGAUUUUUGAUAUAGUGUUUUAGCUGUAAUAUUAUUAUGAGAACUUUUUUUUAUGACGAUAUAUAAGAUUUUGGAAUAAAAACUGAUCUAAUUUAACAAUACAACCACACCCACACCCUAAAACUUGAAUAGUUCAAAUAUUUUAUUUGUUAUAAAUGACAUACUGAUGAUUCUAAAAGACGAAAAGUUCAUAAUGCUCUCAUAUAUUUAUUAAUUUCCAAAAAUCAUAUGAACAAAAUUUAUCCUUUUUCUUUAUAUUUUUAUUAAUUAAUCUUGAGGGUGUGGGUGUGGGUGUGAAAUUGCAAUACACAACUAAC